AUGGAUAUUUUUAAGAAGCUGGAAAUUACCAUACCGUUUUCUGAGGCACUUCAGCAAAUUCCAUCAUAUGCGAAAUUCUUGAAAGAACUUCUCAUGAAGAAAAGAAAGUAUAUUGAUAAGGAAACUAUUGAGGUGCAAGGUAAUUACAGUGCGAUCAUACAAAAGAUGUUACCUCCUAAAUUGCAAGAUCUAGGGAGUUUUACCAUUCCAUGUACCAUAGGGGAGUUAGAAGUUGGAAGAGCCUUGAUUGAUUUGGGAGCUAGCAUUAGUUUAAUGCCCAUGUCUAUGUUCAAGAAAAUUAAACGGUUGGAACUUAAGCCAACAAGGAUGACUCUUCAAUUGGCGGAUAGAUAUCUCAAAUAUCCAUUUGGAGUGGAUGAAGAUGUAAUAGUAAAGGUAGAUAAAUUUUUGUUUCCAGUGGAUUUUGUCAUAAUGGAGAUGGAAGAGAAUGGAGAUGCGCCUCUGAUUCUUGGAAGACCAUUUAUGAAGACAACCAGGAUUUUGAUUGAUGUAGAGAAUGGUAAACUUAAACUCAGAGUGCAAGAUGAAGAGGUGUAUUUUGAUGUAAGCAAUGUCACAUCCUAA